AUGGUUGACUUGCCGGGGUUGACGAAAGUGCCUAUCGGGGACCAACCGUCCGACAUUGAAAAGCAAACACGGGCUCUAAUACUUGAAUACAUAGCGAAGCCGAACAGUAUCAUCUUAGCUGUUUCGCCUGCUAAUGUUGACCUUGUGAACUCUGAAGCUUUGAAGCUUGCUCGUCAAGUGGACGCCAUGGGUCGAAGGACAAUUGGAGUUUUGACGAAACUGGACCUCAUGGAUCAUGGCACGAACGCCAUGGACAUUCUCUCUGGGCGGGUCUAUCCUUUGAAGCUCGGAUUUAUUGGAGUUGUCAAUCGAUCACAACAAGACAUUCAAUCUGGGAAAUCACUGUCUGACGCAUUGCACGCCGAAGUCGAUUUCUUCCGACAUCACCCAGCCUAUAGGAAUAUGGCGAACCGUUGCGGUACGCAGUUUCUUGCGAAAACCCUGAAUACCACCUUAAUGUCCCAUAUUCGGGAUCGGCUGCCCGACAUCAAAGCGCGUCUUAACACUCUCAUGGGUCAAACUCAGCAAGAACUUGCAAGCUACGGCAACAAACAGUUCAGCGGAAAGGAACAUCGUGGAUCCCUUAUUCUACAGCUUAUGACGCGCUUCGCCUCGUCUUUCAUAUCUUCCAUCGAUGGAACGUCCUCCGAAAUAUCAACCAAGGAACUCUGUGGAGGGGCGAGGAUAUAUUAUAUCUUCAAUUCGGUUUUCGGCAACUCUCUCGAAACAAUCGAUCCUACCCACAACUUAACUGUUACUGACAUUAGAACUGCUAUUCGGAACUCGACUGGUCCACGUCCGAGCCUAUUUGUUCCGGAGCUCGCUUUUGACCUGCUUGUCAAACCUCAAAUAAAAAUGCUAGAAGCUCCUAGCCAGAGGUGUGUUGAAUUGGUCUAUGAGGAACUCAUAAAGAUUUGUCAUACGUGCGGCUCGCAGGAAUUGCUUCGUUUUCCACGGCUUCAAGCGAAACUGAUAGAGGUGGUGUCUGACCUUCUUCGUGAGCGUUUGGGACCGUGCUCAGCUUAUGUUGAAUCGCUCAUUUCCAUACAGAGGGCAUAUAUCAACACAAACCAUCCUAACUUCCUCGGUGCAGCAGCGGCUAUGUCGUCUGUCAUGCAGAACAGGCAAGAACAGGAGAGACGGGCAGCGCUAGCCGAUGACCGGAAAAAGCGCGAGAAGAGACGGUUGAAAGAACUCGGAGCGGUGAAUGGGAACCCGCCAGCAUCCCCUGAGGAUGAGGACGAACAGCAUGCAGAUUCUAAGACGCAAAAUAUUCCCAUCAGGAGUCAACCUCCGAGAAAUACCAGAAGCAUGUCCCCUCACUUUGGCAAAGGACAAGAAGGUGGCGUGACCGCAACCUUGAAUGGAGCCCAUGCACAGUAUCAAACUGCUUUUGGGACAGCCAAUACCACUCGUGAUUCGUUCUUUAACUACUUCUUCGGUAAGGACGGCGCGCAACCUACCAGCUCAUUGCCUCAGCUGUCGGGACAGAGCCGUCCAUAUACCAAUGUCAAUGAAGCAAGCAUUAGUCACAGCACUCGCCGGACUGAUAUACGUUCCCCUAUCAUGUCAACUGAUGAGUUCCCACCUCCUAUGGAAUUUACCGGUGAUGUCGGAGCUGUCCCGAAGGACGACCCCGAAGCUGUCCUCUCCGACCGUGAACUGUUAGAGACCGAGCUGAUUAGUCGACUCAUAUCUUCUUACUUCAACAUCGUUAGAGAGACCAUCGCAGAUCAAGUUCCUAAGGCUAUCAUGCAUCUCCUUGUCAACCACAGCAAGGAUGUUGUGCAAAAUAGACUCGUGAGUGAACUUUAUAAGGAAGAUUUAUUUGCAGAGCUUCUUUACGAGGAUGAUGGCAUCAAGGCGGAGAGGGAGAAGUGCGAGAGAUUGCUGGAUACCUACAAGGAGGCAGCGAAGAUUGUCGGAGAAGUCCUGUAA